GAUGAGAAAAAUCAGUUAAUGACAACGAAUGUCUGGUUGAAACAGGAGUGGAUAGAUGUAAAGUUAAGAUGGCGCCCUGGCGACUAUGGCGGAAUAAAAGUUAUACGUGUCCCUUCGGACUCUCUCUGGACCCCAGACAUUGUUUUGUUUGAUAAUGCAGAUGGACGUUUUGAAGGGGCCAGCACGAAAGCGGUCAUCAGGUAUGAUGGCACUGUCACCUGGACUCCACCGGCAAACUACAAAAGUUCUUGCACCAUAGAUGUCACGUUUUUCCCAUUCGAUCUCCAAAACUGCUCCAUGAAAUUUGGUUCUUGGACUUACGAUGGAUCACAGGUUGAUAUAAUUUUAGAGGACCAAGACGUGGACAAGAGAGAUUUUUUUGACAAUGGAGAAUGGGAGAUUGUGAGUGCAACGGGAAGCAAAGGAAACAGAACGGAUGGCUCCUGCUGGUACCCUUAUGUCACCUACUCAUUUGUAAUUAAGCGUCUGCCUCUCUUUUACACCUUGUUCCUUAUUAUACCCUGUAUCGGGCUCUCGUUUUUAACCGUGCUUGUCUUCUAUCUCCCCUCAAACGAAGGUGAGAAGCUCAGUCUCUGCACGUCAGUCCUGGUCUCUCUGACUGUCUUCCUUCUGGUUAUUGAAGAGAUCAUACCCUCGUCUUCCAAAGUAAUACCUCUGAUUGGAGAGUAUCUGGUGUUCACCAUGAUUUUUGUGACGCUGUCAAUCAUGGUGACUGUCUUCGCUAUCAAUAUCCAUCAUCGUUCUUCCUCAACACACAAUGCAAUGGCACCUUGGGUCCGCAAGGUAUUUCUCCACAAGCUUCCCAAACUGCUGUGCAUGAGGAGUCACGUAGACAGGUACUUUGCUCAGAAAGAGGAAACUGAGGGCGGUGGUAGACCAGAGUCUUCUAGAAACACAUUGGAAGCUGCGCUUGAUUCCAUCCGCUACAUUACAAGACACGUCAUGAAGGAGAAUGACGUCCGUGAGGUGGUUGAAGAUUGGAAAUUCAUAGCACAGGUGCUUGAUCGGAUGUUUCUAUGGACUUUUCUUCUGGUUUCAAUUGUUGGAUCUCUUGGGCUUUUCGUUCCUGUUAUUUAUAAGUGGGCAAAUAUAAUAGUACCGGUUCAUAUUGGAGAUGCAAAUAAGUGAUCCUUCCGUAGUGGUGUCAUCGUAGGAAUUUAGUUACCAAAGGCACCUAUGCCUCUGGCACCCUUAAAAUUAGAAAAUGUAAAUUGUGUUUAAAAUUUGAAGCAAGCUUUGUCAGAUUAACAGUUGCUAACUUUGGUUUAUCUUAAUAGACUGCCCUGAGAACAUUUUACCUGCAUGACUGAAGUGAUAGCUGACUCAGCAUUUGAGCUAAAAAUAGCAGCAAAAUGUUAUCUGAACUGUACUAGUGAAAACCUAAUGUUGGUGUCCUGGCAAACAGUACCAAUUCGUAAUCAACGUGAAGCUCAUCUUUUGAUUGUAUUGGAAAGUUCCUGUUGUAUUUGAAGACUGAUUUCAGGACUUUUUCUGCGUUUGGUAAAGGUACACAUUUUAAAUUUCUUUCUUUCUGUCCUGUAUCUACGGAGUAACAGCU